AAGAUAGCGAGGAGGAGGAGGAGGAGGAGGAGAGGAAACCCAGCCCACACUUUGCCUUCCUGCUGCCUCCUUCUAAAACCUGCAGACUCCUCCAGUCCUUCCCAGCUCCCGGAGUUCCCCCAGCCCUGCUCAGGACUACGAGGGUUUGCUGAAAGAUGAGAGCCUGGAUUUUCUUCCUCCUCUGCCUGGCAGGCAAAGCCCUGGCAGCUCCGCAAGAGGCUCUGCCUGAUGAGACAGAGGUGAUUGAAGACCUCACCACAGAGGAGCCUGUAGGGGCCAACCCUGUCCAGGUGGAGGUGGGAGAGUUUGAGGAGCCUACAGAAGAUGUAGAGGAGAUCGUCACAGAGAAUCCCUGCCAGAACCAUCACUGCAAGCACGGCAAGGUGUGCGAGGUGGACGACAACAACUCACCCAUGUGUGUGUGCCAGGACCCCUCCAGCUGCCCAGCCACCUCCGGCAUCUUUGAGAAGGUCUGUGGCACCGACAACAAGACCUAUGACUCCUCCUGCCACUUCUUUGCCACCAAGUGCACCUUGGAGGGAACCAAGAAGGGACACAAGCUGCACCUGGACUACAUUGGGCCCUGCAAAUUCAUCCCUGCCUGCCUGGACACUGAGCUGACAGAGUUCCCCCUGCGCAUGCGGGACUGGCUGAAGAAUGUGCUGAUCACCCUGUAUGAGCGUGAUGAGGACAACAACCUGCUGACCGAGAAGCAGAAGCUCAAGGUGAAGAAGAUCCACGAGAAUGAGAAGCGCCUGGAGGCCGGUGACCACACUGUGGAGCUGCUGGCCCGCGACUUUGAGAAGAACUACAACAUGUACAUCUUCCCCGUGCACUGGCAGUUUGGGCAGCUGGACCAGCACCCCAUCGAUGGGUACCUGUCCCACACUGAGCUGGCCCCGCUCCGUGCCCCACUCAUCCCCAUGGAGCACUGCACCACCCGCUUCUUUGAGGCCUGCGACUUGGACAACGACAAGUACAUCGCCCUGGAGGAAUGGGCCAGCUGCUUUGGCAUUAAGGAGCAGGACAUAGACAAGGAUCUGGUGAUCUAAAGCCCCAGCUUCCUCCUCUCUACUGCCAACUUUGUCUUGUUUUAACCUUCCCACUUCCUUCGGUUUUUGAAUCGCUUUUUUGUUUUGUUUUCCCUGGGAACAAGGUGCUAAUAUAGGUCUAAACGUAUGUAGUAUGGGUGCUAAGAGAAAUAACAGUCCUUCAUAGCUAACCUGUUACCACUAGAUUACCCACCAGCUACUUCCACCUGCUCUCACUCUCCUCACUCUCUCUCUCUCCAAUGUGUCUUCACAAUUGACCAACCCUGUUCCUGUCCUAAAUAUCUGCUCCAUCUCUGUAUCCACUCUCAGACCGACUCCUGUUAACUCCUGACUACCAGCACAGACUGCCCGCAGGGAAGGCAGAGUCAGAAGAUGUGGGAAAUGGGGCUUUCUGAGCAGAGCAGCUGCAGGUGACAUUGUGGCCACCUGGCUCGUGGUAUGGGGAGAGCUGAGGAAGGCACAGAAAGGCAGGAUGUCAUUUUGCUUUUUGGUCCCCUUCCCCCCCUCGUAAGUUUCAUUCCCAGGGCUUGAAUUUAACAAUCACUAGGCACCAAAACAAAGGGCUAAUCCAAGAAACAAGUGGGGAAGCACACAAAAAAUAAUGAAAAAGAAAACCAAAUGAAACAAAUACAUCCCAUCCUGUAAAACCCCCUUAAAAAAAUAAAGGUUUGAAAGUGCUUCAUGCUUUACCAUUA